CUCCCUCUCACGUAGACACAGUUCAGCUCCAGCCGCCCAGCACAGCUUGCUGCAGCUCUGGCAGCCAGAGGCAGGCUCUGCAGUGGAGAAGUGGGGCCGUCCCACUGAACUGGUACUUGUUAGAGGAUGAGCUGCACCAGGCUGGGUCUCUCUCUCCUGCUGCUGGCUGCCCUGGGCUGGACUGAGGACGAGCAUGGCUCAGAGCACUCUUCUCACCCCAAAAAGAAAGGUCCUAACCACGGUCACUGGAGCUAUGCAGAUAAGGCCCAGUGGCAGUUGGAGUCCCCCUACUGCGGUGGGCAGAUGCAGUCUCCCAUCAAUAUUGACACCAAUUCCACAAUCUUCAGCCCUGAGCUGCAGCCUGUUGUGCUGGCAGGUUGCAACCUGGACCCCAGUGAGCAGCUCAGCCUAACGAACAACGGACACACAGUUGUCCUUCAGCUCCCAGGCUCUCUGACUAUUGCCAGCGGCUACCCCCAGGAGUACAGAGCAACGCAGCUGCACCUGCACUGGGGCUCCCCGGAAGGGCCGGGCUCAGAACACACCGUGGACGGACGCCGCUAUGAUGGGGAGAUCCAUAUGGUUUAUUACAACCCCAGCUAUGAGAGCAUCAAAGAGGCAAUGAGGCAGCCCGGUGGCCUAGCAGUGCUGGCAGCUUUCCUGCAGGUUGGGCCGGAGGACAACGUGCACUAUCAGCCUCUGCUUGAGCAGCUGGAUGAGAUCCAAAAGGAAGGCAAGGAAACGGCAGUGGCUGGGUUCAAUAUUGAAGGGUUGCUGCCCGCCAACCUAGGCCGCUAUUACCGCUACAGCGGCUCUCUGACCACCCCUCCCUGCUACCAGACGGUGAACUGGACUGUCUUCAACCAGACGGUGUUGCUGUCCAAGGAGCAGAUCUCGCUGCUGGAGACCACGCUACAGGGAGACGAUGACAAGGAUCUGCAGAACAACUUCCGGCUAACCCAGAGCCUGCACGGACGGAAAGUCCUGGCGAGUUUCCAGGCAGCCCUCAGCCCGAGGCGGGUCCCGCUUCCUGACGGCGGAGUUCCCCCCAUGACGCCCGCCCCUGACAGUGCCACAGAGGGAAGCACGGACGAAGCUCCCGGAGCAGGUGCUGGCUGCCCACCAUGCGCAGAUUCAGAAAACCAGCUGGGCCUCUCCCUGCAGACAGCGGACGUGCUGGCCGGUCUCUUUGGGGUUCUCUUUGCAGUCACGGCUCUGGCCUUCCUCAUCUACAUCCACAAACAGCGGAGUCAGAACACAAGGCCGGACUCUCACCCCAAGCCCAACGUCAUCUACACAGCAGCCACCACAGACGAGAACGCGGUGUAGGCACUGCCCCUGCUGCCCAGCGAGGGCCUCUGGCACAUGGAACGGAGACCAGCACACGCUCCCUUGGGCUCUGCUGGCUGGACCCUGCCACCCACGGCCAGCCAAGCACGCCCUCCCUCCCCACCAAGGGGCCAGAGCAGCAGGGGCCCCUCCUCUGGGGCCUUCACGCCUUGAGGCCCGGUUACCUGCACUGAGGCUCAGCAGAGACUGAGGGGAAAAACUCUGCCCCUUUCAGAGAUACUUUUUUUAAAGAUACAAUAAAAUAAAUGAAAUAGAAA